CCGGGCGCCUUAUGUAAGGGCAGAGGCGGGGCCGGCACGGCCGCGGGGGUGGCGGCGGCGGCAGCAGCGCCAUGUCCUGGUACCGCAACACCGUGUGGUUCGUCAAGGGGCUGCGGGAGUACACGAGAGGUGGUUACGAGUCUGCUUCCAAACACUUCAACCCAGCUGAUGUAGAGGUGGAUGUUGCUGGAAGAUCCUUCCUAGUCACUGGUGCAAACAGUGGCAUUGGCAAGGCCACGGCCAAGGAGAUAGCCAGGAGAGGUGGCACAGUUCAUCUGGUUUGCCGAAAUAAGGAACGGGCUGAAGUUGCCAAGGAGGAAAUAGUGACAGAAACUGGCAAUCAGAAUAUCUUCUUGCAUAUUGUGGAUAUAUCUAAUCCCAAGGAAAUAUGGAAGUUUGCUGAAAAAUUCCAAAAUGAACAUAAAUUAAAUGUGUUGAUCAACAAUGCGGGAUGUAUGGUGAAUAGCAGAGAGUUAACUGAAGAUGGACUUGAAAAAAACUUUGCAACAAACACUUUGGGAACAUAUAUCAUGACAACUGCCCUGGUGCCCCUCCUGGAAAAAGCAGCUGAUGCCAGAGUGAUAACUGUCUCUUCUGGGGGAAUGCUAGUUCAAAAAUUAAACGUAUCUGACUUGCAGUCAGAAAAUGGGCCUUUUGAUGGAACUAUGGUGUAUGCACAGAACAAGAGACAGCAAGUUGUCCUGACAGAACAGUGGGCAAAGGCUCACAGAAACAUCCAUUUCUCUGUGAUGCACCCUGGCUGGGCAGACACUCCAGCUGUGAGGUCGUCCAUGCCCGAUUUCUACGAGAGGAUGAAGAACUCGCUGCGCACAGAGGCCCAGGGAGCUGACACCGUCCUGUGGUUGGCAGUGUCAGCUGAAGCAACAAGGCUGCCCAGCGGCCUGUUCUUCCAAGACAGGCAACCAGUCCCUACUCACUUACCCCUAGCAUACACCCACAGUCCACCAGAGGAUGAAGAGAAACUAAUGGAGCUGCUAGAAGAGUUCUCCCAGAAGUUUAAAUCUGUUUCUCCAGGAACUUAAGUGUCUCUGCUGACACAGUGUCACCACAAAUCUUCUAAUGACAUAGUAACCUGCUGUUGAGGGGAAGUAGGAUGCCAUAGGCCUGUUAAAAAUGAAUUAGGUUCAGGUGUCCUCAUAAUGAGGCAGUAGAGUGGCACCUGUGUCAUUUUUUUCUGCUGUCAGCUCUCUCCCACUGUGAAUAUGCAGCUGCUGCCUCAAGACACACUAAGAAGAAAUGUAUUGGAAGAAAAAUUGAGAGGCAUUAAAAUAAACCCUGAGACUUUGUAAAGUUACCUAGAAUAAUUUAAAACACUCAGCACAGAGAAAUGCAGAGGAGUGUACUUUCAGUAGCCUUCAUGAAGGACUUCAGGAAAGAAGUGGGAAUGCUUUAAACAGCUUCUAACUGCUGUAUUUGACAGGUUGGUGGCUUCCUUUACUGCAUGAGAGUGAUUGGGCUCAAACAUGUAACUGGGAAUGCAGAAACUCUCUUGCAGAACCUGCUUAGUUUAAAGGGAAGGAUUCCUUAUGGCCUUCAGUUUCUAUAAAUUAGAGCUGGUAUGCAGAAGUGAUCUGCUUCCUCAUGUUUAAACAGCAAGAAUUUAGGAACACUGCCAAAUGCCUUCCACAUUACUUUAUGGCGCCAGGGCUGAAUAUUAUCCCAUUUAUGUCAAAAUACCAUGAAGUAGGAGGUUUCAACACAACACACCCAGACAUGGCUGGAUCCAGCAGAGAAAUGGCUGCUUGACUGUAGACACAAAAAGAAACAGCAUGCUAAGCUGUACCUGCUUGCCAUUUCUGUGAGAGAUUAAAGGGAAUUAUUUUAUCAUUAUGAAUAGAUUAAGAGGGGAAGGGAACUAUGGCAGGGCACAGGUUUUAGUAAAGAAUCCAUGGAGGAGAAUGGAGGCUUGUAUUUUGUCUGGAUCUGUUUAUUUCCAGACAGAGGACAGGAUUCAUCUUACCUGAUCUGUAAGGUCAUUUGAAUUACUCACUGAGUUUCUCACUGUAAAUCGGUAGAGAGAAGAAAGGUUUUUUUUCACAGGGAUUUACUGGAUCUAGUUUAAGAAACACCACCUCCAGUGCUGCAUCUUUCUAAUAGUGCUGAAGACAAUCAGCUCAGACUAAGACAUUCCGGUGGGUCUCAUUUUGUCUUAAUAAUUUCAGAUUUACUACAAAGCCAAGACUGUUAUUAACAAAUAAUACAUCUUCUCCUGAACUGUGUUUAUUAACCAACUGCCUCUAGAACCCAGCCAAGUUGCUGCACUCUUUCAUAUGUGGCUCAAACCAGUGUGGUAGGACCAAGGAUCUAAACACAAAUACACAAUACAAGAGAUGUUCUUGAGCUCUCUGCAGUGACUGGCAGUUAAAGACUGCUGAUGGACAGAGGAGAACUCCUCAUGUCUGCUUUAUGUAAUUUAGUUUCCUCCUGGCUGAUGGUAUUUCCUCAUUAAUCAAAGAUCUCCUAUUAAGUAUCAGUUUAAGAAAAAACUGCUUUUUUUCAGCCUAUUGUCAAUCUCCUUAGAAAUAAAGACUUUACUGUCAGAGAGGCCCUAAGGAAAAUUUUCCCAUGAUAAGCAGUGCUGAGACAAGUCAGGCUGUCACAGCUCCUCCUGAAGAGGUUGGGUCAGCAUUCAAACUAUUGCCUCAUUUAUAAAUUAACUCUUUGUUGCACUACAGUGAAAGAAAACAACAGCAAGUCUUGUACAGAGGUUUAUUUCCUGCAAAUCUGGUAUUAACAUUUUCUAUGGUUUAAACCGGUAAAUACAGUUACCCACAACAAGAGCAUGGCUGGAAGAAUAUAUAGUAACUACAUUUCUUAACCCAAUAGCUGCAAAGCUAAUAAAAAAUAUUUACAUUAUUUAGUAUUUAUGUUAAUUUGCUUCUCAGCUCUGCAGUACAGAAGAAAAGUUUAAUGACUGGUAUUUAAAUAGUUCAUAAAAGUAAAAACUCUGCACUAUAUAUGUAAAUAUUUAACACAUUUUAGUCCACAUUCUGCACUAGUGUAUUUGAAUAGCCUAUAUUUUCCAUUUUGUGUCACAGCUUAAAAAUGAAGCCAAAGUUAAGAAAACUGCUUUAAUCAAAGUUUGGUCAGAGUGUCAAAGAGCAGUAUGCUAUGGUUUAAGAGCACUUGUGAUUUAAAAAUAACUAAACCACAGGAACAGCAACUAGAAGCAUAGUCCAGAGUCUCACACACUUUGGUAUUAUGGUCCUGCUGAUGCUUUAUUUCAGCCUGAUUCCAUGAGAGCAAACAUGGCAUGUGGCUGCAAGCCAGCGAGAGAAUUUAUGUUAAUGCAAUCCAGAAUGACUUGCACCUUCAUGUAAGUGAAUACAUUUACAGACUCACAGAUUAUGCUGAGUCGGAAGGGACCCACAAGCCUCAUGGAGUCCAACUCCUGGCCUUGCACAGGACGCCCCAAGAGUCACACCAGGUGCCUGAGAGCAUUGUCCAAAUGCUUCUUGAAUUCUGUCAGGUUUGGUGCUGUUCCCUGUUCCCUGGGGAGCCUGUUCCAGUGCCCAACCACCCUCUGGGUGAAGAACCUUUUCCUGAGAUCCAACCUAAACCUCCACUGACACAACUUCAAGCCAUUCCCUUGGGUCCUGUCACUGGUCACCCCAGAGAAGAGAUCAGUGCCUGCCCUUCCUCUUCCCCUCACAAGGAAGUUGUAGACUGUGAUAAGGUCUCCCCUCAGUCUCCUCUUCCACUUUUAAAAUUUUAUGAGCAAAAUAAAAGUAGCAUCCAGUGACAGAUGACCAGAAAAUGAAGGUAGCACAGGUCCUUGCUAAGCAGUGCACACUGGGAGUUUGAAAGCACACCUGGUUCAUGGGAAUGGACAAGCACAGCAGCUGCUCUUGCCAACCUUUCCUGUCCAUGCACAGCCCAACAUUUCUUGUAGCAGCUUUGGGGCUUUUAUGACUCUGACCUCACUCUGAUGGCUUCACAUUUUUCUUCAUUUCAUAAAGUCACCUAGUUGGGAAGUUUUUGCUCUCAGGGAUCUUGCACAGGAAUGUAGCACUACAGAGCACAUGUGGAGCUGGUAAUUUCCCUACAUCCUAAUGGAAAGGCACACCCCAUCAUCACUGCAGCAAGACUGACUGCAGUGAUGCAGGGGCCACAACAUCUUCUCUUUUUGUCUUGGAUGAAAAUUUUAGGUCAGCGUAACAGGUAUCAAACAAUUUUGUAAACUGCAUUUUGUCUUGUCAUUUGGAGUUUAAUUUCUGGGUCAUCUUUAUUCAUUGUUAAAAAAAACCCAUAACAAUAAACUAAAUUAAUCUGCUGUUGGUUAAAGGUAUAAAAAAUUGUUUGUUAUUUGCCUUUGAAUGAAGGCACUCCCAUACAUACCUAACCAUUUUUGGAGUAAAGUGUAAAUACCAAUUGUUGGCAUUUGCAGUAACACACACUCCAGCUUCUGUGUUCCAUUCAGUGGGAACAAGGUGUGAGCAGGGCCACCCCUUCCUGUUAAACAAGGCUCAGGUGGGAUGUUGAACAUGCACUGCCUGGGCUCAAAGGGAGUUCUGCUAUAUCCUUCGUUAUAGCCUGAUAAGUCAGUCCUGCAAACCUCAAUGUAAAUAAAUUUAUUUGGUGGGAGACAGUCCCAGCCAUUUCAAUUGUCAACACAAGCACUAAUUUGUAUUUUUGUCAUGACAGAGCCUUUCUAAAAGCCAUGGCACUUGGAGAAGUACUAGUUUUCGUUAAGCGGUGCUGAACUUGGUGAGUGGAGAGUGAACACAGAAUUCUUCUUUCACGAAGUAACCUGAUGGAACAAUGGAGGAGGGCAGCUAGGAAGCAGUUUAAUCUGUAAAUUCCUCUGUAUGUUACUCUCUCAUCCUCCCUGCAAAAAUAAAGCACCCAUCUCAUGACACUGGAUCAUACUUAUCUAAAAUUAGUGCUGGUCAACAUCCACCCACUGUCAUUUUAGAAAGGCAGUUUCCACUCUGGCAGUGCAAAGCUUUGCAUCUUCCCUAGCUCACCUUUCCCUGUUUGCCUCAGACUUCCCAUCUCUUGCUUUGUUGGGAGAGGCAAUUCUGGGCACAUUCGGGCAGAAUCAGCGAUUGAUUACAGGAGAUAAUUUUGAAAUGCAACUAAGAUGACUUGAAAACUCUGUAUUCCUGCAGUCACCCCAAAAGCACUGAUCUAGGCAAUGAGAGAAAGAAGGCUUUGAAAAGGCACUGAAUCUGACAGGGAGCAAGUGCAACAAAAACACUUCUGGGACUAAAAGUGAUCAAAUCCAAGAACUUCAAUUUGUGAAGUAGGUCAGUAUUUAUGUUCCUCUCUCUAGAGGGAGCCAUCAGAUAAACUUACAGAAAAAUUAUGUAUUCCUCUGAAAGAAGUUUUCUCUCUCAAAACAAAAGCUAAUGCUCAGCUUUAUGAAGGGACACAAUGCUAGCCUGGCCAAAAGGUCUUCAGCAGGACACAUUUAUACCCUGCUCCCUGGAGAAACAACUCAAACCUUUGCUGCACCAGCAGUGCCAGUGCCAUGUCACAGAUAAAAACAGUGUCCAAACAGGGAAAGAGUGCUAAAACCUGCACUUGUGCAAACUUCAGGGUGAGAGUUCCCAGGAAGUGCCAUUUUCUUUGAUAGUUAAAAAUCUUGAGCAUCUUCCCUUUUCGGUUCAGGAUCCACAAUCCACAGGGAGCCUUGAAGUGAUGCACAAAAUUGUGCAAUUCCUCUGCUGCCCAGACACCAUUUCCUUUGGGCUGCUCACCCACUGCCAGGCACUCAGGGCAAGAAUUUGUCCUGGCAAAGAACACAUCCAUAAAAUAGCUGCCAGUUUUAUGGCAAUUCACAGGCAGAUGAAUGGGUCCAGUCAAAACUCAGUAAAUCAAAUUCCUCAUUACGUACAUGAAGAAGGAAAAGAAAUAGCCAAAAGCUGAUAGUAAUUAAUUUAGUGGGGUUAAGAUACCACAAUUUAUUCAGCUACAUCAGAAACACUUAUUUACAUAAUGGAACAGUACUGGAAAGUGUUACAAUGUAGUAGGUAGAAAAAGAUGGUCAAAUUGUUGAGCAGCAAUCCUGCAAAACUCUGACCUGAACAAAGCCAUGUCUUUUUUUCACAUAAAAUCCCUCUAAUAAAAAAGAUUAGCCCACAAUUAGCAAAGGGAUUAGCAAAGCCCACAAGAUACUGGUCAGUAUGACAAACUUAACAUACUAAACAGUCAGAAACAAGGCUCAGCCUUUGGAAAGAUAAACCACAGCUAGAACUAAUGCUAAUGAAAUAGAUGUAGAAAGGAAGUUUGUGUACUUGUCUAUUUGUGAAAAUUUCUUAAUUACUUGGCCAUGGCAACCCCACAGAAUUUUCUUGGGACAGAACAAAAUAGGGGUGUUAGCAAUGGGUCUUUCACAUCUGAAGGAAGCCCUGACCUGUAACAAAACGUAAGUAUAAAGGUGAUAAACACUUCAAUAAAUUCAGACUAUUUAUUGUCCCAAGAACAAAUAAUUGGAGAGAGGCAAAACUAUCUUCAUAAGGCCCGAUACCUCUUCUGCACCAUCUCAGCAGUCAUGUCUCUUCCCCAUCCUCUUAAUGUUGAAGUGCUUAUACAUUUAAUGCAGUUCUGAAAAAACUACUUGAGGUAGGUAAAUAUUAUUUGGCAAUUGAACCAAAGAACAAGAAAUGGAAAUCUUCACAGACUGGGACAACUCUAUGUUCCUUGUGGCUUCUGGUUCUGGACCAUGGCUGCUGGCUGGCUUACAGUACUGGGAUGGGGGGGAUGGUUUGGCUUUAUGCAGUUCUGAUGAACAUUUCUACAGUGUAGGUGAUUUUUGUUUCGGUUUGGUUUUUUUAGGUUUUGUUUGUAUGCUGAUAACAUUCCUUUUUGGUAUCCCCUCUUUGCACAGACUUUGCCAGCACUGUGCUGUCUUGUUUUCAUUUUGGUUUGAGUUCAAUGUCCCUACUUGGCAGCAGUUUCAACUGAACUCAAUUUCUUUCUCUUCUGAGCAGUACAGUGUGUCCUGCAGCAAACAACAUUUCAGAGAUGGCCAAAGACUGGUCAGAAGGGAAAAUCCCCAAACUGGGAAAAUGCAAUGAAAAGUCAUUUGAUCACACAAAGUUCAUCUCAAAUCCCAGAACUUCAGGUUACUGGCAAACUCGGGAUGACAUUUUUUUCUUCUGAGGAGCAAAGAUUUCCUGCCAACAUUCACAAGAUGCAGUUUUGAAGAGAAAAAACCUCUGUCUUCCUCAAUAUUACAUAAAAAGUCAUCACAGAAGGGACUCAGCACAUCAAUGCAUCCUGAAAAAAGGAUCAAGUUUGUAGUUACUGUUGCAUACUAUUGCCACACAUAGUAAAAAGUCUUCUGAGUCCUAAUGAAAACAUCCCACUUGCUCAGUGUGGUCUCCUGGAAAGGACAUGGCCUAUAAAACCACACAUUGUAGCCCUAUUUCCUGUGUGCUACAAAAGAGAACUUUGGUCACUGGUACACAAAUGCUGUUUUGAACAGCAAGGACACACGUAGCUAAUAUUUGCUAAUUUGUUAGUAACUGAAUUGUUAGUAAUUUAGAUUUAAGGAAAGAUACUUAUUUUUUCCUUUCUCUAAGCAAUAGAGUAGACAGAGGCAUUAAGUGGACCUUGAACCUAAGAAUGGCUGAGGUGGGAAAGAACCUUCAAAGGUUAUCUGGUCCUACUCAAGCAGCGUCACCUAGAGGCGGCUGCCCGGGGUCAUGUCCAGUUGGGUUUUGCGUAUGUCCAUGAAUGGAGAACCCACAACCUACCUGCCUGGCCAGUCUUGUGCCCCUGCUCAGACACCCUCACAGUAAAAAUUGUUUCUUGACAUUCAGAGGAAAUCUUUGUUGCAGUUUGUGCCCAUUGCCUCUGGCCCUGUCACUGGACACCAGCGCAUUCUCUUUGCACCCUCCCUUCAGGCAUUUAUACACACUGAUGAGAUCCCUCUGAGCCUUCUUUUCUCCAAGAUGAACAGUCCCAGCUCUCCCAGAUAUAUUCCAGUACCUUUCACCAUCUCAGUGGCCCUUUGCUGGACUCCAUCCAGUAGGUUCAUUUCUCUCUUGUACUGGGAAGCACAGAACAAGACAGGAAAAAACCCCAAAACUGUCAAAUAUUUCUUUCUAACAAUUAUUUCCUCAGCAGGAAUAAGGCAAUUUUUUUCCCCCUACAAUUGUGCUGGAUCAUCCUUUUUGCACAUCCAGCCAUCCACGUUCUUAUCAGGAAACAACCCCACUCAGAGGAACACAUCCCUCCCUUUCCCAGGACUGGAGAUGCUCAUGCCACCCUCUGAGGAAAAGUGCAGUACCCACUACAGAGGUACUAAGAGCCCACAUGCUGACACGCAUGUGAUGGCCUCAAGUUCAGGAGGACAAAGUAUGGAGGUCACCUGGGCUUGGCAGCAAAAAGCAGCUGCAGACAAGGGUGCUCAGAGCUAAGCACACCUCUGUCACUGUUCAGGAUCAUCCCGUCAGACUGGCUGAUUUUAGCCCUAUCACUGCUCUGUUUCAACAUCUAACCAUGAUGUGAAGUCUUCUGGUAGAUGGGAGGACCAUCAAUGCUAUAUUGCAAGCAAAUGCCCACAUUCUUUUCUCUUCACUUAAAUAUUUUCAGCUUAAAAAGACUGAAGUUUGGUGCUCAGAUUGCCCCACCUGGGACACAAGUGACUAGCAAGCUGCUCAGGCACUGUGUAUGUGACCAGAGCCUGCCCCAUCACCUGCCUAAGCCCUACAGACACUGCUCAUUUUAAAGCCAAGAAUAGGCAUGCAGAUGCUCUGGAGAACACUGCCUCUUCCCACAAGGAAGCACCAGCUAAGGGAGAAAUGAAAAUCACCUUUUCUGAUGUGUAGAGCAGAGGGAGACCAGCAAUGUCUGUGUUCCCCUUGUCAUAGCACGAGGGGGCACUAAAAGCUACUCCCCAUCAGCAGCCUCAGGGAAAAGGGGCUUGGGUUUAUUUGAGAGUGUUUGUAGGUAUAUGGCACUGCAUUGUUUACACCUGUAUCAAAACACACCCUCCUCCCAUCCUUCAAUAAUGCAAUUCAUAAAAAUAGCUCACAGUUGUUAUUCAGCAAGUAAAAUGGAAAAAAAAAAAGGACCAGGGAACAGACAUCCCUUUUCAUAUGGAUCUAGCAGACAGAAGAAACUGAGAUUGCUACUCUUAACACAGCAGAAGAAGGCAGGCAUUUUAACUCUCCCAGUGUCAAAUCCUUCUUGUUUCAUUUGGAAAGUAAAAGAAUUACUGAAUUAGAUACAUCUGUUUUCCCUUCAUAUCUCUACAUUACAGCUCUUAAGGGCCAGCAAAGGGACAAAUUUUCCUUCCCCCCUCAGCUUCACUUGCAGCUUAUGUAAUUUUCUAAACCCAGAAUAGUUUGUCCUGAGCCUGCAAGAUAAGGAGAUGUUUAGCUUAAAUCCAGAUAACCCUGCAGGUCAUUCAGUCAGAAAGAACAGCCAGAAAAAUUCUGCAAAAUGGUUUUGCAUACCCCACAUGCACACAUAAGCAGCACUGAAACCAUGACUCCUUGGAAGACGGGGGGAGUGGCCACGAGUUUAUUGCAGAACAGUCCAAGUCAUUCUGAAAUGUAGUCUCCUUUGGAAUCAGUUCUUCAUCUUUGUUUGCACAUUACAUGUUCAGGAGUAGGCGCUGACCAGGGGCAGAUCCUCAGCUUGCUGACUCCACCGCUCCAUCAGGGUGAGCACAAUUCAUGCUGGAGUCCCAGCCUUGGUGCCACUGCUGUCUCAUCAACUGGGCACUAAACAGCCAUCUAAAUUCACUUCAGUGUGCCCGUUUUUCUGUCACCAGUAGACACACUCCUUGCACAGCACAAGUCACAUCUUUGGCCAAAAGGCCCUGAGCCCAAAGGAACAUGGAACACCACAGUCCAGCAAAGCUCUGUACAUAUUCUCCAGCUGGAAUGAAAUAUGGCAGGCCACUUGCUCAUCUUGCAUAGCUUUGACAGCCAAGAACACUUCAGUCAUCAGCAAACAUGCACAAGGUGUAAUAAAAAGCAUUCCAAGAGGAAACAAACAUCUAGUUUCCAGGAGAGAAAGUGGGAGGACUGAGAAAACAACUUUCAAGCUGGAAAAAUAAUAGUAGUCUGUGAAUUAUGUUUGAAAAUAUGCUUUAAAAUAUGCUGUCUAGAGGGAAACCAACAGCAAGCUGUACGACCAGGAAAUCCAAGGUGGUGUUACUUCAGAGAAUGUGACUGCAAAAUGCUUCAUCACAGGUUAUAGGAUGUUUAAAAAGACAAUUUUCCCUGAAAAUAGACAGCAGUCCUGUGAUGUGCGCACAGAAGUCCACUCACCCUUUACUGCAGCAGCUCACUGGAGCAGAAUUAAUGCCAUGGGCUGAAUUAACCAUUUGUUUUCCCCUCAAAAGUGAAUUGCUGCUGGGCAAAGAAGAAACUUUCUUUUGGAAUUCUCUCUCAAGAGAGAACACAUGGUUUCUUCAGGUAGCAAUGUGCUCUGUAGUGGCAAAUGUCAUGGCCUCCCCACCACAGAGGCAAGAAGGUAAGUCCAAAACAGGGCAAGACUGAUCACUACCAACAUGUUGUGUCUCAGUUGCUACAACCACAAAGCCUGCUGAAACAGGAGAUGCAGGAAAGCUUUUGGUCUGGACAGCAGUUCUGUUCUCUACACCAGUUUCUUUGAAAUGCGUGAGUAAUGCCAUGCUAAAAAGUAACAUGGAUUAAAGGAACGGAGAGU